UUCCUUUCCUGCUACUAUCAACAACCAAAAUGUUUAGACCAGAAGAACAUGGACUUGAGCCCGAUUUUCAACUCACUAAUUUCUCCACCCUACGGGGAUGAGGCUGCAAAAUCCCCCAGGAUGUACUCACAAAGUACCUAAGGGGAACCGAGAUAGUUCAAUCCAACCAAAAUGACGAACACCACAUUGGCGCUGGAAUGGAUUGUGCCGUUGUGCCACUCAUGCGGCAUGGAGGAGGAGAAUAUCUGCUGGCACAAACUGUCGACUUCUUUUAUCCACUGGUAAAUGAUCCAGAGGUGUUGGGUGGCAUAACGCUGGCCAAUGUCUUGAGUGAUUUAUAUGCCGUUGGCGUGACCGAAAUUGACUCGCUGGAAAUGAUAAUAAGUGUUUCAACGGAAUUUACGGACAAGCAGCGCGACAUUGUUACGUCACUAAUCCUACAAGGGUUCCGAAAAGCAUUGGCCAGAAACGGCUACAGCCGAAUCAACUUGAAGCUGAGGCAAUUGAAGCUGAAUCCUUGGUGCAUCAUUGGCGGCGUAGCGACUUCUGUCUGCGUGAAGGACGAAAUCGUAUUUCCAACCAAUGGCCGAGCGGGAGAUGCUCUGGUACUUACAAAGCCACUGGGAACCCAGCUGGCGACAAAUGCCCAUAUUUGGCAAACAAACAAAACUGAUAAGUACAAAGUCCUCCUAACACAGUUCACUGAUAACGAGAUACUCGAGACCUUUGAAAUGGCCCUGAAGUCGAUGUCGUAUUUGAAUAAAAACGCCGCCCACUUAAUGCACAAAUAUCAGGCGCACUGUGCCACAGAUGUGACAGGAUUUGGUUUACUGGGUCAUGCAGUAAACCUUGCACAAUACCAAACGGACAAGGUCUUGUUCAAGAUCAACAAACUGCCAAUUAUCAAAAAUGUUGUGAAAUUUAGCACUCUAAUGGACCAAAGCACAAAAUUACUUGCUGGCAAAGCGGUAGAAACAUCUGGCGGUCUAUUGAUUGCCCUGCCGGCCGAGGCUGCAGACCAAUUUUGUUCCGAAUUCAAUGAGAUUACAAAGGGCGAACAGCAGGCAUUUAAAAUUGGUUACGCCGAAGCGGCAAGUGAGUCCGAUGCAGUGCUCGCAGAUAAUGUAGAGUACAUCGAAGUCAGUCUUUAAGCUGGAGGAAAAGUAAUGCAAUUAAUUGAUUGUUCAACCUAUGACGAAUGUUUCAUAAAGGCUUAAAGCUGGGAGAUAUUUGGAACUUUACACAUUUUGAGUGUGUAUUUCUGAUGAUUAAUUUAAUGUAUGCUUGGACUCU